UCUAUCUAGAUGUUCUGUAGGGUUUCUCCUCUUUCUCUCAAAACUAAUUGUAGAGUCUUUGUGUUUGUUUGAAAGUUAGAAAAUCCCAAAUUGAAAACCUAGUUACAAGCUCUAUACGCACUCAAUUUAUCAGACUCUAAUGGCUAAGAUUCUGAACUCAGACAUCCAGAUCCUAAUUGAAGAGAAGACUGAAGAGUCACAUAACCCAAUAUUACCAAAGUCACAUAAUGAAGAUGCAAACCAUCAGAUCUCAUUUGACCGCAAAAACCAAGAGAUCUCUUCUCCAAAUUCUUUUAUCUUGGCUGAAAAAAAGAAUGGAGAAUCACAUUUUCAUCAUUUUCCAAACACAAAUAUUGUAGAUGCAAACCAUGUGAUUUCAUCUACAGGGGAAGAUCAAAAGAUCUCAGCUGUGAAUUCUUCUACUGGUGAAAAGAAAAGGAUUGAAAAUGAAAAUAAAAGUCAUACAAUUUCAACUGAAAGGGAAGGCCAAAAGAUACAUUCUCUCCCGUCUCUUGUGCGUAAAAGUAAAAGGAGCACAAUGACUAAGAUUGUUGACCAACACAUGCAGAUCUUGACUAAAACGAAGAAUGAAUAUUCAAAAUUUCCAGUUUUACCACAAACAGAGAAUGAAGAUGCAAACUGUGAAAUCUUAUCUGAAGGAGAAGACCUAAAAAUCUCUUCUUCAAUACCAGUUGUGGAAAAAAAUAAAAGAGGAAGAAAGAGAGGGAGACCAUCAAAACAAUCCACUUCAGGUUCGAAGAAACAAAAAGCACCUAAUCCUAAAUGGAUUGGAAGAUGGAUCAAGAGAUAUAAAAUAAGAAAAAAUGGAAGAAAAGAUGCCUUUUACAUUCAUAAGAUGAUACCUAAACUUACUUGUCGAUCUAAGAAAGAGGUUGACAGAUAUGAAAAUUUUGGAAUUCGUCCAGGUAGAAAAGCAGAUGAGAAUGGAAAUGAAAUACCCAAGAGUAUCACUAAAAAACAAAAAGGUUCAUCAUCAAAAUAAUGGUUGGUUCAACUUUGAGUCUUUAAAAGUUUGUGUGCUGAAACCACAUUUAUCAGAUUGAACUUAAAUACUAUUUAUAUUUAGAUAUUUAUGUCUUAUUGUUCCGUAAUUAUGAAUGUUUAACUAUUGUUAUCGUGGUUUGUAUGACUCCGUUAUCUUUUUAUGCUACAUAAUUAAAGCACAUUA